AUGGCUGACGAAGACGUCCAAGCCCUCGUGGUCGACAACGGCUCGGGCAUGUGCAAAGCCGGAUUCGCCGGGGACGACGCGCCCCGCGCCGUGUUUCCCUCGAUCGUCGGCCGCCCCAAACACUUGGGCAUCAUGGUCGGCAUGGACCAAAAGGACGCGUACGUGGGCGACGAGGCGCAGUCGAAACGCGGCGUGCUCACGCUCAAGUACCCGAUCGAGCACGGCAUUGUGACGAACUGGGACGACAUGGAGAAGAUUUGGCACCACACGUUCUACAACGAGCUCCGUGUCGCCCCGGAAGAGCACCCGGUCCUUCUCACUGAAGCGCCGCUCAACCCCAAAGCCAAUCGCGAACGCAUGACGCAAAUCAUGUUUGAAACGUUCAAUGUCCCGGCCAUGUACGUCAACAUCCAAGCCGUCCUGUCGCUGUACGCUUCUGGACGCACGACAGGGUGCGUCCUCGACUCGGGCGACGGCGUGUCGCACACUGUACCCAUUUACGAAGGCUACGCGCUGCCGCACGCGAUUGUGCGGUUGGAUCUCGCUGGUCGGGACUUGACCGACUACAUGAUGAAGAUCUUGACGGAGCGCGGGUACUCGUUCACGACCACGGCCGAGCGCGAAAUCGUGCGCGACAUCAAGGAGAAGCUCACGUACAUUGCUCUGGACUUUGACCAGGAGAUGAAGACGGCGGCCGAGUCGUCGGGACUCGAGAAGAGCUACGAGUUGCCGGACGGUAACGUGAUUGUCAUUGGCAACGAGCGGUUCCGUACGCCGGAAGUGCUGUUCCAGCCGUCGCUCAUUGGCAAGGAAGCUGCCGGUAUUCACGACUGCACGUUCCAGACCAUCAUGAAGUGUGACGUGGAUAUCCGUAAGGAUUUGUACUGCAACAUUGUGCUCUCGGGCGGUACCACCAUGUACCCGGGCAUUGGCGAGCGCAUGACGAAGGAGCUGACGGCUCUGGCGCCGUCGACCAUGAAGAUUAAGGUCGUUGCUCCGCCUGAGCGCAAGUACUCGGUGUGGAUUGGUGGCUCGAUCCUCUCGUCGCUCUCGACGUUCCAGCAAAUGUGGAUCUCCAAGGCCGAGUACGACGAGUCGGGUCCGUCGAUUGUCCACCGCAAGUGCUUUUAA